AUGUCUUUUGUCAAGCUCAGCAUAUUUGGCACAUCUUUCGAGGUAACUACCCGCUAUGUCGAUCUACAGCCUGUUGGAAUGGGGGCAUUUGGCCUUGUCUGCUCUUCCAAGGAUCAACUCACUGGGACUUCUGUUGCAAUCAAGAAGAUUAUGAAACCCUUCAGUACCCCAGUAUUGAGCAAGCGAACAUACCGUGAGCUCAAGCUCCUCAAGCACAUACAACACGAGAACAUUAUCAGCCUUAGUGAUGUGUUCAUCUCACCACUUGAAGAUUUGUAUUUUGUUACCGAACUGCUCGGCACGGACCUCCAUCGACUACUGACGUCGCGCCCCCUGGAGAAGCAGUUCGUUCAAUACUUCCUGUAUCAGAUUCUGCGUGGACUAAAAUAUGUCCACUCCGCGGGUGUCGUGCAUCGCGACCUCAAACCUAGUAACAUCCUUGUCAACGAGAACUGUGACUUGAAGAUCUGCGAUUUCGGAUUAGCACGGAUCCAGGACCCUCAAAUGACCGGCUAUGUCUCGACGCGAUAUUACCGUGCCCCCGAAAUUAUGUUGACCUGGCAGAAGUACGAUGUUGCGGUAGACAUCUGGAGUACAGGCUGCAUAUUCGCAGAGAUGCUCGAAGGGAAACCGUUGUUCCCCGGGAAAGAUCAUGUCAAUCAGUUUUCCAUAAUCACUGAACUAUUGGGCACCCCUCCCGAUGAUGUCAUUGAAACUAUCGCAAGCGAAAACACUCUCCGUUUUGUGCAAAGUCUGCCCAAACGCGAGCGCGUGCCUUUUAGCCAAAAGCUCCGAACUACCGAUGCAGAUGCUUUGGAUCUUCUGGAAAAGAUGCUCGUCUUCGACCCUCGGAAACGGAUAGAUGCGACCGAGUCACUUGUUCAUGAAUAUGUGGCACCAUAUCAUGAUCCGACCGACGAGCCGGUGGCUUCUGAGAAGUUUGACUGGAGCUUCAACGAUGCUGACCUGCCUGUUGACACGUGGAAGGUCAUGAUGUAUAGCGAGAUUCUAGAUUUCCAUCAGGUCGGGGACACGUCUACAUCAGCGAACGGUGUACCCGAAGGUGCACUAGCAGGGCCAGACGCACCAGCAGGAACUACACCAGCAACGUGA